GGGUGAUCUUAAAAAGUGUAGUCAUAGAAGCAUUUGCUCGUAAUGGCUCGUUUCAAUAAUCGAUUUAAAUCGAUUACGACUUUAUUUGACUGUUUAAUAGUGUAUUAAUAGUAUUAUUAAAUGUGAUAUACGAAAAUAUUAUAUAUAUUUUUAUUAAAAUCUAAAGUUUUUAAAUACUUUACACGUAAAAAGUAAACGAUUGAUAACUUUAAUAAUAAUAACAUUUUCGUAAUUGACAUUGAAUCUUGAAUCAGAAUUUUAAGGCAUUAAUUUGAUUAUAUUGCUUAGAAAAUAAGAUCAAAGUGAAAUAAAUUAAGUAUUUGAACGAUUUUGUCAUAAUUUCGAAAAUCUCUAAAAGGGAACAACGUUAACUUAGCAAAAUGAAUAUUGCAUCGAUUCAACAGCAAGGAACGAUGGCUGUUAAUCAGUUAUCACAGCCAGUAAAUCCUCAAAUGCCUCAAAAUCAACAACAAGCACAACAAGCUCAACAACAGCAAGCGCAGCAACAGCAACAGCAGCAACAGCAACAAGCACAGGAAAAAUUGGAUAAUAUUUCCAAAGUUAAAUCUUUGGUCGGACCGUUGAGGGAAUCUUUGGCAGUAGGAAUUAAGACGGCAGCUCAAACCUUGCAUCAAAACAGUUUGGUGGACAUUGGAUCUUUGAAGGGAAUCGAUCAACUGGAUCAUAGAUUCAAUAAAAAUAUGGAGGAAUUUUAUUCUAUAUGCGAUCAAAUGGAAUUACAUUUAAAAACGUCUAUUGAGUGUUUGUCGCAAAAUUCAAGUUCUAUUAGAUAUCUACCGAUGACUGUUUUGCCAACUCGCACUGACACAGUCAGUGCUCAAGAAGGACCAGCUUUGACGUAUCCUCAAUUUUUAAUGACUGUACGUGCCCAAGUGGCCUAUGCCAAAGAGGUGCACGAUACUUUGGUUUCUGCUGCACGCACAAUUGCACCUGGAGAAUGAACUCUUGAUACCUAUGAAGGAUUUAUUUGUGAUACAUUCUGUCAUUGAAUUCCUAAGAAAAUAUUAUUAAGAAUACUAACAGUGUCAAUAUAAGUUAUUAUGUACAUUUUUUUUAUAUAUAGUUUCAGUAAAAUAGAAAAUAAGUUAUACUAAGUGAAAGAAUUUGAUUAUUUUGUGACGUCUAAAGUGUAUUAACACGAAAUAUCGAUGAUUAAGAAAAUAUAUGUAUGUACAUACGCGUAGAUAAAUAAAAAGAAAUGUAAUUAUAUCCUUCCUAGAUUACUUGGAAGAUGUACUUUAUGAGAGGUAAAACAGGAUUAAAAUCUGACAUGUAAAGAAAAGUACAUUUUUAUUUCUAAUAAAAAAUU